AGAACUAGAGGCGUGUAUCCGACCCUUGUUCCCUGUGGCUUCUGCACCGGCGAGAGCCCCUGCCAGGGUCCCCGCGUCUCUAGAUCCCGCGCCUGCCUUGCGCCCCCCUGCCGCUGCGUCUGAGUCCUCGCGUCGCCGCGCCUAGCCCACCGGAAGGAUGCGCUGUGCGCCGACGGCCGGAGCAGCCCUGGUGCUGUGCGCUGCCACCGCCGGGCUGCUGAGCGCGCAGGGCAGCCCGGAGCCAGCGGAGCCGCCGCCGCGCUUCGCGUCCUGGGACGAGGUGAACGUGCUGGCGCACGGGCUCCUCCAGCUCGGCAACGGGCUGCGCGAACACGUGGAGCGCACCCGGGGGCAGUUGGGCGCACUGGAGCGGCGUCUGGGGGCGUGCGGGGCCGCCUGUGAAGAGCGGGCGGCAUCCGCCGCGCCCCCACACGGCCCCUUGAGUCCAGUCUCCCGUGGCGAGGCCGCCCCCGAGACCCUCCGCAACCUGCAGUCUCAGCUCAAGGCUCAGAACAGCAGGAUCGAGCUCCUCUUCCAGAAGGUGGCCCAGCAGCAGCGGCACCUGGAGAAGCAGCAUCUGAGGAUCCAGAAUCUGCAGAGCCAGGUGGGUCUCCUGGCCCCCAUGCAGGUGGGCCACAGGAUGGCCAAGCCUGCCAGGAGGAAGAGGCUACCCAAGAUGUCCCAGCUUGUUGGCCCUGUUCACAAUACAAGCCACCUGAAGAGGCUGCCCAGGGACUGCCAAGAGCUGUUUGAAGAGGGAGAACGGCAAAGUGGACUCUUCCAGAUCCAGCCUCAGGGGUCCCUGCCUUUCCUGGUUAACUGCAAGAUGACCCCAGAUGGAGGAUGGACCAUAAUUCAGAGGCGCCAGGAUGGCUCCGUGGACUUCAAUCAGCCCUGGGAAGCCUACAAGGAUGGCUUCGGAGAUCCCCAAGGAGAGUUCUGGCUGGGACUGGAGAAGGUGCACCUGAUCUUGGGGGACCGUGACAGCCACUUGGCUGUGCAGCUACAGGACUGGGAGGGCAAUGCCGAGUCACUGCAGUUCCCUGUCCGCCUUGGUGGCGAGGACACUGCCUACAGCCUGCAGCUAACAGCACCCGUGGCCAACAAGCUGGGUGCCACCACUGUGACACCCAGUGGGCUCUCCCUGCCCUUCUCUACUUGGGACCAGGACCAUGACCUCCGCAGGGACAAGAACUGCGCCAAGAGCCUCUCUGGUGGCUGGUGGUUUGGGUCCUGCAGCCACUCCAACCUUAACGGCCAGUACUUCCGCUCCAUCCCUCGGCAGCGGCAGCAGCGUAAGAAGGGCAUCUUCUGGAAGACGUGGCGGGGCCGCUACUACCCGCUGCAGGCCACCACCAUGCUGAUCCAGCCCACAGUGGCGGAAGCAGCCUCCUAGCCUCCUUGCUGGGGCCUGGUCCCAGGCUCCGAGAGGACAGUGACUCUGACGCUGGUCCAGCGUGUGGCCAUGCCCUGCCUGGGCAGGGGCUCUGGGCGGGGCCAUCUGGAGCCUUGUGGACAGAGGAGAAGCCUACACCCGGAGAGGCCCCCUUUCCCAGUGCGGGGCCGCGGGCGAUACCCUCUGAGGAAGGCGGAAGUGGAGGGCUGCAGGGCGCAGGCCACGGAAGCGUGGGACCAAUGGGUACAGAGGCCUGCUGCUUGCCUACCCGAGGAGUAGCGGACGCAGAAGGACCACUUAGGGGCAACCAGAACAGCCCUGAAAUGCGGAUUCAGUCAUGUUGACUGGCCAGGGGACCAGGGCGCCCUCACCGUGCUGCGGUGUGCAGGUGCUGGGGGACGAGCCCGUGCCAGCGGCGUCUGGGCGGGGCUCGCCGAAUUCUUGGAAUAAAAGCAACCUCAGAACAUUUUGUUCUUUGUCCUUAGGUUUGUUUUAAAAAUGGACAGUUUCAAAAUCCACAUAAACAUGUUCUCAGGGUGGAGGUGAACACUCCCUGGUCUGUCAACAAUGCCGAUCGUUCCUACCACCUCUGACAACUGAUUUCAGUUUCCUUCACAUACUAUUUCAUGAUGUGUACAUCAUUCUUAUUUUCAAAAUUAUAAAACAAAGCCCUCAUUCAUUGCUCUUGGAAGCAGGGAAGAGAGAAAAUUGGAGUGCCC